CGGCAACAUUCUGUGUUCCCACCGUCGAGCAGAGAUGCUUGCUUGGAUAUGUAUAAGAGUAAGUCACCAUGUAGCAGGAAGAUACCCCAGUCUACAAGCAUUUGUCCCGACACCCAUUACCACAUCUACUUAUACUUCAAAUUCAAACCCAAACAAGAGCUCGCUCUGUCUUGACCUGGAAGCACCCAACAGACCCGACGUCGACCAGAUUAGCACAAAGCAAACAGCACAAUGCACUUCGCCUCCAUAACCCUCUUGCUCGGCUUCUUUCUCGUCGUAGCAGAUGCCGCUCCCGCAUCCAUCCCGGCCGCUCUCAUCAUCCAGUCAAACACCAGUCCGCAUACUCGAUACUUCCUCAAAAGACAAGCGGGCUGCGAUCAGGCGAAAUGUGACCAGUGCCGUAAAGAUGCCAAGUGCAUUGCUGGGACACCAGACUGCUUCAUCUGCGAUACAUCGCCGUCAUGCGAAUGUGGUGUUUGAAGCGUAUGGAGAAGCUCGAUGAUACUCAAACGAGAUGGGAUGUCAGACAAAUAAUUGCGGAUUAAGGCAGAGAGUCAUAACGAAAACCACUAUAUGAGCCCUACCGUGCCG